AUGGGUAUUGCACGUGAUUUACGAAAUCCAGGACAAUAUAUGACAACUGUUGGCUGUCAACCUUAUAUGCCUCCAGAAUUCUAUACGGAGAAUUAUGAUCAAUCUCUUGAUGUAUUUACUUUUGGACUAACACUGUAUUACUUGUUCGUAGAGAAGAAUCAUUUAUUUCAUGAACCGACACGAAAAGUUCUGUUACCAGAAAAAAAUGCGGUUUUUGAUGAAUUGAUUCGAUACUGUGUUCAUGAUGAUCAAAAUCAACGACCUUCAGCCUUAGAAUUAGAGACAACAUUCGUCACUUACAAACGUGUCUUCGAGAAACAUAUUCGAGUUCAUCAUCAAAACUAUGAAGAACAAUCUGUAGAAGUUAAGAAUCGUAUUUUUCAAGAAUUUUAUAAUUCUUUUCAUCCUAAAGCAAGUGCAGCACUCAAAGAAAAAUUUCCUAAAGCUUCUUCACGAGCUCAGAUUAUUAUUGAUCCAGAUGGUGUUAAACAAUUAUUACUCAUGCUUUUGCAAGCAGCGACACAAGAGGAGUAA